AUGAGUGGAGAUAACUUGUUCUAUGUAUCGCGGGCGAAUAUCUUCUCCAUAUAUCCAAAUAUAUUAAAGAAGAUCGUUGGAGUAGAUGAUGAAAAUUAUAGUCCAGAGAAAAGUAUUGCAAUACUUCCAAGUGAUUUCGAGUGGCAACUAAAAUGCUACUUUCGUCUCCUAGAGCAACAGAAGAAGCUUAAUACACUCGAUAAGAAAUCGGUUCUUGAAUUAUCACAAAUUGAACGUUCUGCAUCCUUACAAAGACAACAAAAUACACAAGAUGAAGAGUUUCGGGAUCGUGAUGGAAUCGUAUAUACUCCAAUAUACUCACCCAUAUCCCCAAAUGCAGAUAGAAGUUUGAUUAAGCCAUUAGGAUAUUGUGAACAAGAAUUUCGACUAAGUGUCUCCCAUGAGACUAAUAAUGUGAUUUGGGAUUUAAGUGAAUUUGCCAAAGCCGGAAAACUUCUCAAAACACCACCGAUGGAUGUCGAAUUUUAUGACGAAUAUGAAAUGAGAAAAGUUUAUUCACUCAUCUACGAUGUUUUCCGAUAUAUUGAGACGUGCUUAGACAAAAUGAAAACUAAAUUGGCAGCAUCCAUUACUAAAAUUAGAAUUGAGAAGCAAGCUUUAAAUUUACAAUAUUUACUUCCAUCGCAUUUAAGAGACGAGAAAGUUGCAAGAGCGGUUACGAAUCCAAUCAUCACGGGAUGGUUUAAUAAAUUUAAGAAGAGUCUAACGAAAAGAGAUAUUACAAAAAAGUUGGAAGGAAUGGGUUUCAAAGAGCUAGAUGGAUGCGAUACAAAGUCAUUUCCCAAAUCAUUUCGAUAUGAUAAAGUUUGUCCAAACUUUUUCUUCCUUUGGUUUCCAAGAGAUAAAAGUGAAUUCCUUCAAGAUGCAAUGAUAAGAGAGAAUGAUGUUAUACUUCAAAAUAAAGCCUUCACUGUUGGACCAGCAAUAUUUGCAAAGCUUGUAAAUUAUUUCGAGAUUGCUGGUGACAUAUUGCAAACUCAUAUUUUAUCACCACGUAGUACUGCCUAUCUAGCAACAUUACUGCUUAGAAAUCGAUUUGUUGGAAAAUUACGAGUUUUUGGUGCUGGAAGGAACUAUAAAGAAUAUAAAGCAUAUUUUGAUAAGAUUGGUGCAACAAACAUUCAGCUAUAUGAGGAAAGUUUUUUAGGAAUUUCACGUCACAUUUUAGAAAAGACAGUUGCAAUUUAUUGUACUCCACCGUCCUCAUUCAGCAGCAUUCUCGAUCCAAUCGAAUUAAUAUGUUCUAGGGGUGGGGACUUGAAAAUGCUACAAUUUUUGAGCGAGUCAGAAAUGACAGACGAUGGACAAACGCGAGCGACAAAAAUUCUACGAGAACAAAGAGAAACAUUGAAAAGCUCAAUGUCUAAGCCACAAAUUCAAUUUAUUUUAUACGAGACACAUUCAAUUGUUGAAGCUGAAAACGAGGAUAUGGUACAACAUGCAAUGGAAUAUGUUAAUAGGAAAGCAUAUGAUAAACAUUUGAUUAAAGCACAAAAGGAACGGGAAAGACUUGAGCAGCUGGAGAGAGAAAAAGAAAAUAUGCCUGGAAUUCCGACAGCACAUCGUGAACGUGAGCCAAAAAAAGAUGCAAAAGGAAAGAAGACAAAGGGAAAUGAGCAGUCAGCAUCUGUGAAAAUAAAUACAAAUAAGACUGGGAUGAAGCAAAGCGACAGUUUAGAAAGUAUUGAUGCCAUUGAUCCCGUUGCCGAAGAAGCAAAGAAAGACGAGCCAUUAGUAGUCAAUGUGCCACUCACGGAUCUCUUUGAGGUUCAAAAAUUACCCGACUUUUGUAUCAAUCGAGAUAAUUGUGUGCUGCGACGAUCUGAAGGAUGCUUCUUGUCUCUCCUCAAGCGUAAAGAGAUUAUCCGAAUGGAUUCCAAGUAUCUUAUUCAGAUUGCAGAGCUUCGAGGUAUAUUUGGUGAUAAGGAUCGACCUAAGAAAACAAAAAGUAAGGCACAAAUGAGAGCGGAAAAGAAGCAAGAAGCAGCAAUGAAAGCAGCACGUGAGGCUUUAGAAAGGCAGAAAAUUGAAAAGACUAAUCCAAGUAAUGUUGAUAAAGUAGUUGAACGCUUACUGAAGCCAACACAAGCAACGAUAAUCAGAAUAACUCGUGAUGAGAUUUGGCGACGAAAGUAUCACGUAAUGACUCUACGUUAUAGCCAAUUAUUUCCUCCAAGAUGUGCCCGAUGUGAUUAUUACUCUCAAAAUUACUACUUCUUAUCUGAUAAGUUUGUUGCCGUUAAACAGUUUGAUGACACAAUAUCAUUAAGGUUCGAGGAACAAUCGACAUUCCAAGAGGCAAUAACAAAGCGUAGAGCUGAAAAGUGGUGGGAUGAUUUAUUAAAGCACAUUAAGCAGAUAAAGAUCUUGUCUGAAGUAAGUGGCGUAGAAAUUAACUUUGAUUCACUAGAUAAGAGCCUCGUUCCACCGCUCAAAUUGACACGAUUCCCUCAAGGAUAUAUAGCACCGCCGCCAAAAAAGAAAGUUUCCAAAGAAAUUCGACAGCAAUAUUCGUUAUCCAUUACUAUUUUGGAUAUUGAUCAGCCAAAGACUCAGAAGUUAAUUAAUCUUCGUCAUCGAUCUAUCACGCCUCGAGUAGCAACAUUAAGAACCUACAAUAAAUGCCUGAUGUGUCUUCACGAGUAUUUGAGAAUCACUAGUGGAUAUGACCAAAAAUACAUGAGAUAAAAGACAAAGUUUUUUUUAUUGGAAUGAAUAUUUUUUAUUUGUUAAAUUUUUCAUCAUUUUUUAACACAUAUAUAAUAAAAAUUAUAUUUAUAAUAAUCGGGGUAAAUUUACAUAUACGUUUCAACAAAAUAAAAAAUAUCAAAAAUUUAAUUAUGUCUUGUUUUUUUCAUAAAUUUACUAUAAUAUUAAAUUUCCUUCAUAUCUUUAGCAAAAAACCCAAGGAAAAUAUUGGAUUUAAAUUUUAUUUACUUAUAUCUUCCCUUAUUUUUCCAACUUAAGGUAUUUUUUAAAUCAGUUUUUUUUUCUAUUCAACACGUUUUGCCUUUUUAUUAAAUUUUAGAUUUUUCAAGGAGUCGUUCACAAAUGAUGUCUAGGAAUUUAUGGAUUCCAAGUGUUUUUUCGCCGAUCAGUAGUUGAUAGACAUCAUUUAUGAACAACACCUUGUAAGGUUAUCAAAUUUUUUUGAUCAAUAAUCAAGGAAGUUGCUAUACCUUGUUUUUAAAUAGUUAACAUCAUCGUAAUAUUCUUAAAAGAAAAUUGCACGUAGCUAUAUCUCUUCUCACCAACAUCAUUUCAUCUAAAGUUUCAUUCUUUUCAUAGAGUAUUCGUAAACGGCUGUCUUUUUUAAGUUUGUUAUUGCAUUCAUCUCUAUUGAACUAAAUACUGCUUUAAACCACUUGAUUUUAAUAUUUUUUUUUGUAAUUUUUUAUGGUUUUUGUUCUAUGAUCGCUAAACUACACUCAUAGAAAAAAAGUAACCAUAAUAUUUGUUAUAUGUUUGUUAAACUAGUUUAACAAAUUAUUGGUUAAGUUUACAUGGGUAAAAAAAAUUUCAACCAAACUAUUUGUUAAAAAUUUUACAAUUGAGUUUGUUAAAUCAACAAAUUUAUUUGUUAAUAAUUGAUUUAAUUAAAUUUUAAUUUUUGUAUUCAAAACUCUUGUUUGAUUAAUUUCAAACGAUUCCCAUUAAUUUAUUGCGUUAUUUUUAAUGAGAAAACUGCUUUAAAUUGAAUUUUGUUUAUUUUGUUUAACAAAUUAAUUUGUUAAUUUUAACAAAACAUUUGUUACAAUGUUUUUAUUUGUAAUUUGUUUUGGAAAAUAAUGAUUUACAAACCAAAUCGUAAUUUAAAAAUUAAAUUUGUUCAUUUUUUUAAGUCCUACAUUUCUAUUUUAUUAUUCAUAAAUUAAUUUUAAAAUUUGGAUAUAUUUUUUAAAGAAUUAUUUAUAUUGGUUCUGAAUCAAAUUUUAUAAGUAAAAGUUUACAAGCAGCGGACUAGCGGAUCAUCAACAGGAAUUCAGAAGUUAAGCAACCACGGAAACAUUUUAAAAUAAGAUGGGUGACCAAAUUAACAAUUUUCUGGUUAAUAUUAACCGAAAAUUUGUUAUUUUUUUCUGUAAAAAAAAAUUUUAACAAAAAGUUUGUUAAAUUAACAAUUUUUAUAGUUAACAAUUCAACCUUACAAAUAAUUUGGUUAAAUUUAACAAAUAAGUUCGUAAACACUAUUUUAACGAAUUGUUUGUUAACAUUUUCCAUACAAGUUACAAACAUUUUGUUACUUUUUUUCUAUGAGUGUAAUAAUAAUGAGUGAAGUAUAGCUGUAUUUUAUUAAUAUUUUUAUGUAUCUUAAUUUCUUCAUCCUUUUUUUUUUUGUAAUACGUUUUGAUGCAGAAUUGUGUAUAUAUGUUGUUAAGAGCAAAGUUGUUUUGGGGUUUUAGCUGAAUCUAGAUAAUCUCUAUCUGAGCGUUGAUAACAAUGACUCAGCGAAAUUUUCCAUACCUAAAUUGCUUUGGAAUUAUGCGAAAAUUUAUUUUUUGGAACGAGUCCAAAAUAUGAAAGUUUGUUUUGAUUUCUUUAAGGAUUAUUGGAUAUACCAACUCUUACUGAGAUUGAGGAUUAUAUCUUGCAUAAAUCAAACAAAUUAUAGACAGUGGAAAAUUUGACUGAAUCAACAUUCUUAGUGAUCAAAUGAUGAUACUUUAGCUAAACAGCAAUGACAAAAGUCAAUUGGUCUGUUGAUUGUUUGAAUUCUCAUCAAUUGGACUUAAAAAAUGACAAGGGGUGUUCAACUACGAAGAGUUGUCAAAAUUCAAACUUAAUUUAACUGUAAAAUAUUCUCAAUAAUUUUUGUUAUAUCCACAAAUCAACAUUUGAUCACAAAAGAAUACGAAUUAUGUAGCAACUUUUGAAAUAAUUUAAAAGGAAAAUAUACUGACGGUAACAAUCAUGGAAGGAAUAAAAUUGCAACGAAAUAGAACGUAAAAGCUAUUCAUUUUUCGUUAUAUCCAAAAACGUUUAUAAAUUUUUUAAACGUAAUUUUAUAAAUUUUAAUUUACAUUUUUUUAUAUCUGUUGGGGUUUUUAAAUGAAUGGCACUCAAAAUUUAUGAACAAAAUUUUCUUUAUUUUAAGCAACGUGAAUUUUUUUUAAAAAAAUCCUAAAAAAUGCAAUUUUGCAUUUAUCAAAAAUAAAUUUUUCAUCCACGAUUGGAUCUCCGAAAAAUAUUCUCGUAUGAACUGCAAUAAUCGAUUUAUUGCAGCAUAUAAAAAAACAGAAUGGAAUUGAAAGAAAUGAAUCACGUGCGAAAGAAUUAUUGUUUUGUGGAAAACACUUGUCUUAGUAAGAUAAUAAUCAUAACAUUGAAUCAAAACGAUAAAUCAGAAAUUAAUGUAUUUUUUAUUUAGGUAUCCCGCUCAUUUUCGCUCAUCUUUCUCUAUAGUCUUAUCUUUAUUAUUAAAUAAUUAGAACAUGUUCAGUUCAAUUAUACAUGUGUAAAUGGUCGAUAUAGAAGAGACUUGAUAAACAAGAAGAAAAAAUGAGUUUCUGUGUAAAAAUUAGAGAACUAUCUUUUUUUUCUUGCCUUUUGUUUUUAUGAAUUAUGCUAUGUAUUAUUAUGUUGUGUUAUGUAUAACAUUAUUUUAUGGUCUAAUACUCAGUCCCGGAAAUGUAAAUUGUAUUCUUCUUUUUAUCUAUAUACCAUCAAGAAUCGGAAGUUAACUUUUUUUUUGAACCAUACAAAAAGUAUUAUAAGUGACGUGAUACAUAAACGACUCUCAAAAAAUACUGUUGCAUUAUAAUUUUUUAUGAUUAACUCUUUUCAUCAAUAAUAUCAAAGUGUUUUCUCUCAAAUUUUUUCGAUGGAGCUGCUGACAAGAUUCUAUUUUUCUGAAAAUUUAGCUUAGGGAUCGUUAACUUAUGACGUCCGAAAUUAAUGGUCGUUUUUUAAAAAAGAACAAUGGAUUUCCAAAAAUUUCUAUUACUCUUUUCUUGCUGACCCUCCACCUUGGAUGUCAUAAGUGAACGGCCCCUUUCAUUGAUUAGAACUUACAGAACCUAGACACUGAACAAUUCAAAUCAAAGGAAGCUAAAUCCACAAAUAUUUUAACCUUGUUUGCCCGCCCUCGAAUUCUUCAUAAAACUGCAGAACGCGAAUUCUUAUAAAUUAAUGUAGAUAAACCUCAUAUUUCCGGUCUAUAUAAGUGAAUUACUUCGGAAUGCACUCAAUCAUUUCUCUUUUUUUGAUUAUUGCUAAAUGCCAUUUAACCGGUUUCGAAUAAUAAUUUUUUUUAUGUAAUUUACCAUGAAAAUAAUAAUUUUUUACUAUAGCUGAUUUCGUUUAUCAAAAUUAAUUAAUCAAUAAAAAAAAUUGUGUCGAAAAAAUCAAGUCGAUAAAUUAUUGAAAUUUUUUACCGGUUAAUUAGUGAAUUAUUUCGUGUCUCUUUCCGCAUAUACAUACUCAUAUACUUAACUUUUAUUGUUCAACUUUUCUACCCACUGUGGUUCUCGUUCAAGUGAGUUUAUUUCGGCCAAUAACUGAUGAUACGCUCGCUCUGUAUCAUUAUUAAUAAUUAUCAUAUCAAAUAAAUGUCCCCAUCGUGCCUCCAUAUCUCGAGCUGUUGCAAUUAUUUCUUUCAGUUCUUCUUCC